CAGUAGCAAACAUGGCGAGCUACGCUUGCUCAGAGAAAAAGUAAUUUUGAGAAGCUGUCUGAGCAAGAGAAAGAAAGACGAACUUAAAAAAGGAAGGAAAAAAAAAGUGAAAUGGACGUAGAAGACAGGAGAAGCCCGUCUGACAGGUGUGGACCGCUGGAUGUCCACCUCAGCCCACGUGAGGACACUGAAGAUGGUCCAGGUGAUGAGAUCUUUAAAGCUGAAGAUCCAGACCUUCCUCCUGAUUUGGACUGGUUGGAAGAAUUGUCUGAAGAGGACGACAGUGAAGGUGAUGAUGACGGUGACCUUGCGGUUAUGGCUGACAGUGGUAAGAAGAGGAGUUAUGCCGAGACAGCACGGAUGUUCAAGCUGAGACGAAACCUCGACCAGCUGGACUGCUUUCACCAACAGAAGGAGCAUGACGUGCUGAAAGCCAGAGAAAAGCGAAAACUCUGCCAACAGAAUAUUCAAAGUUUGUUGGAGCAGAGGGAUAACUUGGAGAGAGAGAUAGAACAACAGAAAGUGACAGACAACAGCGUGGCUUUGUUUCGACUGCGUGCCCAGCAUAGGCAUCUAGGUGAAAGGCUGCAGAGCGAGGAGGAGCUCGAGGGCCACAUCAGCACUGAGCUGAAGCAACUAGAACUGGAGCUGAGUGAGGUGGAAGUUGAGCUUGGCAGGUGCUCCUUGCUCCGACGGGAGGUGCAGGAAGAGGAGCAGCGCUUCCAGGUUCUUAAAGCCCAGAAGGCAGCAGCAAGGAUGCAGCGGGAGAGGAAAACCAGCCAGAACCUGCAACACAAGAUGAAGAAUCUGAGGGAUAAACAGGCAGCCGUGCUAAAGAAAGAGGAGACGGAAUGUCAGAAGAAAAUCGAAGAGGGCCGGGCAAGCCGUAAAAUAGCUGCCAAGUACUUGAAACAGACCAUUAAAAGGAUGCAUCAGCAAGAGGCUGAGAGGGAGAAGCAGAACCGGGAGUUACUGGAAAAGCGGAUAGAGGCUGUACAGUCACUGAAAACGAACAUAGAAGCGACCCAAGAGAAUUUACGGGUCCAACAAAACAGAGCCAGAGCAAACGCCCAGAAGAAAGAACAGCAACAAAGACAACUGAGAGAAUCCCUGCAGGCCCAGGGCAUCAACAGUAUCAAACAUAUGCACCUGCAGAAACAACAGCAGGAGAUAAAACAAAAAGAAGGGGAAUUUGAGGAGAGUCAGAAGUCAAAAAGAGUGGAGAUUGUUUCAAAGAUCCUUCAGGAGGAACAACUGAUAAAUAAGAAGCAGAGGAAGCAGGCACUGCUGCCCAAACCCUCAACUACUGACAAGUUCCUAUCUCUGAGGAGGGCAAGUGAGAUGCUCCCGUACUACCUGGAUCCCAUUCCCCCAUCAGCCACUGAGGAGAGAGACACAAUUCAGAUCAGAGAUUUAGGUGACACCAGCAGCUCAUCAGCAUCGUCAGCUUGCUCUGAUGCUGAGGACCUGGAGGAAACUGAGGACAGCGAGGAGAAAGUGGACCACCAGAUCCGGACUGACAGCCUGGCCGAGCCUGAAUUCUCUGGGCUCUGGAACCAACACAACAAGAAGAUCCCCAAUGAGAAGACGACACUGGUGCUAACAAAAGUAAGGCAAGAAGAACCUCCAAUGACGAGUGGAAAGCUCAACGUGACUGCUAAAAGAAUUCUCGGAAAAGAGUUAAAAGGGCCUCCAUUCAGGAGUAAGCCAGAGGUCAUCCACUUCAAGGACUUUGAAGUGGGGAAAAUGUAUAAGAAGAAAAUUGUCCUGACCAACAUCAGCUACACCGUUAAUAACUGCAAGUUCCUCAGGGUCUCCACUCAUUUGAAGAGUUUUUUCACUAUCAACUUCCAGCCUCCUGCUUCCUUAUCCACUGGAAUGUCCUGUGACAUGCAGGCUAUUUUCCAGCCAAUGAUCAACGAGGACUUGGAAGGAGAGCUCCAUUUUGCAUCGGCUCUGGGUCCCUUCUCUGUGCCCGUCAGAUGCACCGUAAAGAAAUGUAUUCUGGAGGUCGACAGCCAGUUCAUUGACUUUGGUUCGCACGUCGUGGGCCACACUAUUUCACGGACCAUCACACUGACCAACAAGGGUGCACUGGCCACCCUUUUCAACCUGGACACCUCCACAUGUCUCAGUCCAGAAACUAGCUACGUCCAAAUGCCACCACAGGUCUCUGCCAACACAUGCAAGACAUCCAGUCAAAACAUAGCAUCUAACAACCAGAACAGCCCUGAAUCCACUGAUGCUGGAGAUGUCCAAUCAAAGCAACAGAGUCAGGAGCUCUCUGCGGGAUUACAGCGAGAACAGUCAGAGGGUCCAAAAGCUGUUCCUGAGGCUUGCCUUUCAUCUGAUGUGGACACUGAGAUAGACCAGAGCCCCUCUGACACCAGUGACAUAAGACUGGGAAGUGUACAGGAGGGAGAGAUCGGACCAUUUGAAAGUGUCAAGCUGGAGAUUUUAUUCACUCCAAGCAUUCCAGGAGAGACCAAACUGGACUUCCACAUCAAAUUCUCUGACAAAACCAGCAAACCAAUACCCAUCCAUGUGAGAGGUGUGGCAGUCAGCAUCCCUGUAUGGGUACUUCAGCCCAACAUUGACCUAAAGAUCUGCAUGUUUGACCGCCUUUAUCAAGACAGUAUCAUGGUCCAAAGCAGAGCCAGCACAGCCUUGAAACUGACCUUUGAGGUAUGUCUGGAAAUGAGGAAGCACAUGGAGAUCCUACCCAAGACCGGCUUCAUCCAGGCUCAAUCGAGCUUUAGUGCCCAACUGAAGUUCAUCCCGAGACGUUCCCUAUCCAAAGAUGCAAAGAAGCUUUUUGACAGUGACACAGGAGUCCUGGAGGUUCCAAUGACAGUGCAAGUAGCAGGCCAGGUGCAGCCUGCCCAUUUCACAGUCCACGCCAUUGUGACCUCCUCAGACCUGCAGUUUGACCAAAGUGAGGUGGACUUCGGCUACUGUUCCAUUUACCAGUCAGUCAAGAGCAGCAUUCGCCUUACCAAUCUGUCCCUCCUCCCCCAGGACUUUGGUUUCCUGGGCGUGCCUGAGUUUAUUGAGGUUCAGCCCAAUGAUGGAUUUGGUACGCUGCUCCCACAAGAAUCCCUUCAGAUUGAUCUGAUUUUCAGUGCCAAAAUUGCCAAAGAGUACAAUUUUCAGCUCAGCUGCAAGUCUGGGAUUAACAGAGAUUUUCUGCUGUCUUGCCGAGCAGUGGGUAUCCAUCCACCGCUAGCGCUCUCCCAUUUUCUGGUUCAGUUUGGAGCCACAGCAGUAGGUGACCAGUCCACUGCCAUACUGUUCCUGAGCAACCAUCAAACAGACCGUGACCAGAAUAGACAACCAGUCUCUCCGGGGGUCAAGGCUCCUGUAAUGCCCCGUUUGUUCUCCUUCGCCCUGCCAGAGGACUCGGACAUCAGCAUCACUCCGUCUGCAGGACGCCUUCUUCCUGGAGAGAGAUGUCUUGUCCAGGUGACGUUCAAACCCAGACUCUUGGACCAGGAGAUCAAAGAAGAGGCGCUGCGUCGUCUUCAUCGAGCCAAGUUGCUCUGUGAGAGAGAACUGGAGGGAAACAGACUCGCUGAACAGGAGGCAAAAAAGGAGAUCCCACUGGAGUCCAGUAAGGGGAAAAAGGCAUCUGUGAAUCCGAAACACAGCAAAGUGUCCGACGAACCAAAGACAGAAACAGAAACUGAAUCACCGGAUCCUGUCGACUUUGUACCAGGGUCGCAUUGGUAUGAGGAGGCCAAGGUCUCUCUGCUAUACUCCUUCAGGCAGCGCUACAGAGAGUACAUCAUUCCCUGCUUUGUGUCAGAUGGAGACGCUCCAGAGGAUGACAAACAGGUCCAGCCAGCAUGGAGUCCCUUCAAUACGCUCUACGUGAAACUUCAGUGUCCUGCUGUGCAGCCCCCUCUAGUGGUGAUAUCCAACAAUGGGUGCAAUACCAUAAACUUCCAUCAGGUAGCAGUGGGAGAUCGAGUGAUUAAAAGGUUCACAGUUCAGAACAUUUCACAGGAAUCUUUGGAUCUGAGCUCAUCAGUGUUGGACAUGAAUGGUCCUUUUUCCCUGCUAAAUGCUCUUAGAUGCAUAAGACCUGGAGAAAAACACACUCUGAUUCUGGCCUUCAGUCCAACUGUGGAGAAAAAGUACUGGGACAUGCUGGAGGUGCAAAGUCAGAAAAUGACCCUGGGAAUGACCCUGCUUGGGGAGGGAAUAGUCCCUGCUGUGACCUCCUCCCACACCGGAGGACUUCUUGACUUUGGCUGUGUGUUGGAGAAGGAGACUGCCUCACAAGUUGUGAAGUUGCAGAACAGCUCGGCAGUGGCAGUGGGCUUUAGGGCGCUGCUGGCCAGUCUCUCUCCUUUCAGACCUCAGGGCGCAGCUGACCGCGUGGCCUUUCUGCUAGACAGAUAUGCAAACGCUCACGUCCAGCCUACUGUGGGCACUCAGAACUACAGUGGGCUGAGUGUGUUCAGCGUGGUGCCAGUAGAGGGCAGCAUUGCUCCGGGGCAGAGCCAAGAAUUCACGGUCACCUUUCUGCCCGACCACCCAUCUGUCAACUACUCUGACAAGCUCACCAUAGAGCUGAUGAAUAGGAGUAAAGUGUGUGUGAUGGAUCUGAAGGGUGCAGCCUCCUCACAUAACAUGUAUCUGCGCGGCGGAGACCUGCUGACAGUGCCCGUCGAAUCCCUCCUCCCUUCAGUCAUACCUGGUCCACCUCUGCUCACAGAGUCAGAGAGCCCCACCAUUCCUCUGCUGGUGACCCUGCAGGCCAGCUCCAACUCAGGUGCCAUCACACCUGCAGUCAGGGAGCUACAAGUGGGCUGCAUCUGCUCCUCACAGGCCAGUAAGAAGGGUGGUGAGUUUCACUGGGAUAAUGUGGUAACCCUGCAGCAGCAGGGCUUUAAUGUGGAGCCCAGCAAAGGCAAUGUGGACCCAGGCCAAAGACGGACCAUCACGAUCACCUGGACACCCCUCACUGGAUACAAGCCCUAUGAGGUGGUGCAGAUGUGUGCGCCUCUCACUAUAAAGGGCGAUGAGGUGAGUGUUUACAGAGUCACCCUGAUGGCUUUGGUCUCCACCACCGCCGACUGACCUCUAAAGGACUUGGAUGCUUGCCAGCGGGAAAUCUGUUCACUCAUACUCUAACUGCAAAUACACGUCAUAUUCUGUAUAUGUGCAGAGCCAACUCUAACAAAUAAAUAGAU